AGUCGACGUCGGGUUGGCGGCAGGUAAUGUGUCCUGUUUUACCGGUUGAACGACACAAAACGACCGAACGAACCACUAGUGUGUGUAACGAACAAAUAAAAUAAAAUACGGUUAAAUUUAUAAAAGAAUAUAUUAUGACUAAUGUUGACAUAAUUCAUUUAUUUGUGUAUAUUUUAACGUUUUAGUGCAUCACAAUUCUGUGAAACAAAGUUUGAAAUCAUUGGUAACACAUCUAAAGCUCCUAUUUAUUUAUACAUGUGUUUGUGCAGUGUAUAAUUUGUAAGUUUUUGUUUUUGAGGACCAUAAGUUGACGGGUAACACCAAUGUUCAACAAUGCAGACCGCACGAGAGUCAAGCAGGCAAAAAAGGAGCAUCAAAAGACGCAACUCUAGAAAAAAAUCCUUGUCUCCGUCGGAUUUAAAAUGUGCUCGUGGAGAUCCGAAAACGGAAAGCAAACUAGGUUGCAAAAGGUCCUUAUCAGAGAGUUCGAUGAAGGUGCGCCAUAGAAAAGGUAAUAUACAGAGGACUUUGACGCAUCCACUCUCUUAUAUGGAUGAUAUUCAGGAUGUCAAUAUCGAAGUGAUUUGUAGUGCGAAAGUAGAAAGGCCGCCUGAAAGUGACGAAUCCAACCUGCCGCCAACCAGCAGUGAUAGGGAUACAGAGGACGAUGCGAGAGUUCAAAAGCCAGCCCCUCAACGCCCAAGGUGGGAUUCCGGGAGUGAGAUGGACUCUUUAAUUACCAUCGCUGUGAGGAAAGCAUCAGCACGACGUCGCCGAACGCCUGCAAAUUCAGAUUGGGGCGCCCACAGUGAGCCGGGCGAAGUGAGCGAACCCGAGGCCGGUCGCAUGCGUCCCGAGGACUACCGCCUCGUGUUCCUCAGCUCGGACUCGUCGUGCCGCGAGGACACAGAGGACUCCUCAUCCACGGCCUCUUCUGUAGCACCGCCUGUACCCGACGACUGCGACUGGGACUAUUUCGAACCCGGAGCAGCGUCAACACAGUCCCUCCCACCACCUCCGCCUAAAUAUACGCCGCAAGUCUGUCCUAAGACGUGUUCCUGUGGUGCUGAACCACGCUUAGUAGCAGUACCAGUGCCAGUACCCGUGCCUGUACCCGCUGCACUUUGGCCGGCCUUACUCGCCUUCCCUACACAAACACCGCCCGUGCCUCACUGGAACACCUAUCCAGGAUUCCCGCCUCUCGAUGCUGCAGCUCUCGCUCGGCUCACCACGGCCGCUGCCGUCGCCGUCACCGCCGCCGCCACUGCCACUGCUCUACCACAAACAAAUAAACUCGAGAUGACCGUCGAACGCACCGAUAAAGCUAUACAGUCUGAAACGUCAGAAGUAUCAGAUCAACGCGAUAACGAUAACAACGAUAAGACUAUUGAACGCACAUUCAAACAUGAAUCGUCAGACGACAUCAAGGUGAUUGCCGAGGAAGAUUGUUUGUCAGUAUCGUCGGAACCAGCGGACACGAUGCCGGGCCACCUUAAUGCCGAGAAUGCUUUCCCAUCAUCGAACGAGUCGGCUGACUCUAGCGAUUCGGAAGAAGGUGUUGCUCAUAGGAGCUAUGAUCUCAGAAGUGGAGCGCCCGAGGAGCCCGCAACAUCAGAUGAGGACUCUGACGACUCCGGGGGUGGUGGCGGUCAAUUCUCACGAGUGUUCGUUGUUAACCCCGCCGAUUCCUCAUCAGAUUUAGAGGACAACGCAGACAGCAGCGGUAUCGAUUGUGAUGAUUCCUACGACAAAAAGUCUGACAGUCUAGAAAUAAUUGCAGUGGAAAUGUUGGAACAAAAUGAGAAUAAUUUAAAUGCUGACAUAAAUGAAAGUGUGGCUCAAAACAGAGAUGUUAAUAAUAUUGUAUUACUAAAUUCUAUGAGCUUUUCGGGUGAUAACCAAGUCGCUUCGUGUAAUAGUGGUGAAGAAAGCAGUGAUGACUCUGUCGGAAGGUCGAAUAUUAUUAAAUUUUGUGACGAAAAUAUGCUUCGAAGUGAAACUUGUGAAAAAUAUAAUAGUUUUAAUGCAAGUUGUAGCGCCAUUAUAGAUAAUUCCGAUUACAAAAAUAGUGAAGAUAAUAAUCAGUGUAAAAAUACAAUAUCGGAAAAUAUGGAAUGCGAUUCAAUGGAUAACAGUUUUAAUUCCGACAACAGUAUGAAAGUAAAAGUGUCGGUGAAGUUACAGGAUGAAAUAUACAACGAAAAAAAUGCAUCAUCGCCGGAACCCAAACUUGACGAAAAAAACUCACAAAGUGUAGAAAAAAUAGACCUGUUUAAAGGUAUUGAACGGACGCUCAGUGCACUAUUGAAGAAAGAAUUAUUAGAGGAGCAAGGGGAGGAGAAAACACACGGCGUGUGGCCGGUUCGCACUGAGAUAGAGGGGAGCGCGGGCGCACCUGCCGCCACGGCAGUUUGCCGCUCGCGCACGCCCGGUGCGGACGGGUCCGCGCGCUUCACUAGCCGCGUUAUGAUAACGCACGACCGAGUCUCCGUCGUCACGUCAGACACGACGCGGCUCAUGCGGGAUAUUACAGUGCACCACACAAAUUCACAAAACGAAUUGGAACCCAACACCAGUGAUUCAAACUCACAAAACGAAACAAACGAACGAGUUUCCGACGACGAAUCGCCGCAGCCUUCAGGCGGAGUGACUGUUGUUAGCAACGCCGACACUCUCUCGGCGGUCGUGUGCCUCGAGGAGGGAUUGGCAGACGACGACUCAUGGGUCGAGGACGUCAGCCAUGACGAAGACGGUACUACAACUUCGGACAGUGACUCUGGCGAUGAGGCCUCUCUUCCCACUCGGGGAGAGGAUUUUGCGUAUUGUAGACGUUCUUUAGACUUCACUUUACACACGAUCGUUGAAGAAAGUUGCGAGGAAAGCGAAGCGGAAAACAAUACGAAAAAACCUCGACCAAUUUCGGCCACAGAAUUAGAAAAAUACUUUUUCUUUGGCCUAGGUGACGGAAGAAAUGUUCGCGAUGACGAUGACCAGGUAUCAGAAACGUCCAGUGUAUGUAGUGAGGGUGGUGAAUCAAUUGUGGACAAUGAACAGCCGAAAAGGAGUAACGACAACGACGAUCUUGUUUCGUCGCGUUUGGAGAAAUACUUCUUGUCCGGGUUCAUGGGCUUUAAUCAGGAGAGGCGGGAUUCUGACGGUUCCGGAAGCGUCGGUAGUGAUAGUGAAGGUAAACAAAGCCCAGAACAAAGGCGAAAGCGACUAGUACGCGCUCGAGGUACGCCGCGGUCACAUUCUUCUUCUUUAGAUAAUCUACUGACAGGGGAUGAGCCUUCCCAGGACACAAAGGAAGUAUCGGAUGGAUCUAGUACGGAAACAGAAGACCGACAUGAGUCCUUGGAAAGGCUUGACAUGCCAGGAGAAUCCAAAAGAAAGAAGCAAACUAAAAAGACGCGUGGGUCGCCAGCAGACGAAAGGCGACAAUCAAUGGAGUUUUCGGAAGAAACCCGUGACGACACAAGGUCUGUUUCAGAGGGCGAAGAUGGUAGGUCUUCACCUCGACCCGAAUUCCCACCGCUUGGAUCUGAAUUAUCUGAAUCUAAAAAACAAACUAGUAGAGAUAGCGGUUUUGUAGGAAGCUGCGAUGACCUUCUUAAAAACGGUGAUUCGAGUAAUGAAUUUACGCGAUCUCAUGAGCCGAAGACAGAAUUAGAAGAAAUUGUAGAAGAAAUAAGGCCCGAUUUAGAUGAACGCACAGAACGCCCUCCGACUUCCCGUCCACCGCCAAGCCCAUUAACACGUAAAGAUAGCUUUAAUAAUUGGUCGUCUGACGAAGAAACCAAUCUGAUGAUGACGAAAAUGAGACAGUUUUUCAAGCAAAUGAUUAACUCCGCAAAUGUACGAACUUCUACACCCGCAUCGUCUAAUUCAGAGAGUUCGAGGCCACCAAAACCGCCCCAACUUUUAUAUUUUGAGAGCGAGUUAACAAGAUUAAUGAAAACAGUUCCGGGUAUUCGCGACGAAGAGGUACGCGAGAUAGUAGAAUAUCUAUCAAGUGAAGACACUUGGAGCGACUCAUAUGACUCAUCGGAUUAUGCCGGGUCUGAUUUAGAGGGCACGGCGGCUACAAGGUCCGCUUUAAGAAAACAAAUAUCUGACAGCUGCCGUGAGAUUAUAGACGAAUUUGAUCGAGGUCAAGAUGCAGGGUCGUUGGAACGUGACGCAGUUGGUGCCUACCAAAAGUUGGCAGCGACGUUGGGCCGUGCUGGGGAAGGAUCACCUCCCUUAUUUGGCAAGGUUAUGCGGCACAUAGGAGGCAGACUCGUGGCAUUGAUGCAUGAAGUAUCAGGUGGAGCGUCACCUAGCACAGAUGACGACAGUGCGUCAGAGCCGGGUGCGUUAGCACGGAGUCGAUCUCAUGAUAUAUUGGAAGCGACGGCUAGUAGGGGUAGUGUGGCGAGUGAUUGUGAAAGAUUUUCAUGGCGUGGCAGUUUCGAAUCUGCCUUAUUAGCGGCUGAUUCGCGUGGCACAUUAGGUGGACCAGGGUGUGAGGCGCGAAGAUCACCCGCAGGAGCUGAAUUAGCAGCUCAAAAGUCCCAUUCUAGAAGUUGUGGUGCCAUUGCAGGCAGUGAGGAUAGGCUGUGGCGUGGUCGGCGACGGGCUUCCGCACCUGAUGCUGAGUCAGAAGAAGAGGAACGAGCAGGAUCUCUUCCUCGUCUUCCGUCGAUCACUGGCACGAAUACAGUGCCAGCAGGUCCUGUAAAGUCAGCACGGUAUCGUGCACCUGGAUUCCGUACCGCUACGAGAGCCGCCUCAGCGCCUGGCCUCCAUGUGCCUAGGAGAAGAAGGCCUCCUCCUACACCACACCAGCCAGCACCAGCCGCGCCCGCUUCCGCGCCGAGCUUGCAGGAUGAAGUCUACUUGUCAGACACCCUGCCAUCAGGCAAUGCCACAUUGCCACGGCGAUCCAGUUCGCCGUUGCCUAAUGAAAGAGAUCUGGACAGAGAUCGAUUCCCGAUCAACAGAAGUGGUUUACAGACGCGGUCGGAGUCGAUGGCAUCAGUGUACUCCGGCGCGGGCGAGGGCGCGCGCGGCAGCGUGGCGGUGCGCGGCGAGGUGCAGUUCUCGCUGCUGUACAACUACCGGCUGGGCGCGCUCGAGGUCGGUGUCAAGCGCUGCCGCGACCUCGCGCCCGUAGACACCAAGCGCAACCGCUCCGAUCCUUACGUCAAGGUGUACUUGUUACCAGAUAAGUCCAAAGCCGGCAAACGCAAGACGAAGGUGAAGAAGAACACGCUAAACCCGGUGUUCGAGGAGACGUUGAGCUUCGCGCAGCCGCUGGCCUCGCUGUCCGCGCGGACACUGUGGCUGAGCGUGUGGCACGCGGACAUGUUCGGCCGCAACGACUUCCUCGGCGAGGUGACGCUGCCACUGGCCGACGUCGUGUUCGACGACCCCGCGCCCAUGUGGCAUAAGUUGCACGAACGGACUGAACAGUUUGAGGAACAGCAAGGUACACGUGGGGACCUGAUCGUAGGUCUGAAGUUCGAGCUACAAGAUAGCGGCAAGGGCACACUUCACGUUCUCGUAAAGGAGGCCAAAAACCUGCUCGCUACCAAGCCAAACGGACUCGCUGAUGUCUUCUGCAAGAGUUACCUUCUGCCAGAAAGAGGUCGUCUUGCCAAACAGAAAACGAAUGUAGUACGGAGAACACUAAACCCACGCUGGGAACACACGUUUACCUACCGGGGGCUGACCAUGCAAGAGCUGGCCACCAGAGCCCUGGAACUAAGCCUUUGGGACAGGGACAGACUUGCCUCGAACGACUUCAUGGGAGCUGUUAGAUUGUCGCUUGGAACUGGUACAUAUAUGGGUGCCAGUGUCAAUUGGAUGGACAGUAUGGGCAAAGAAGUAGCCUUAUGGAAGACUAUGAUGCAACGACCAAACUUCUGGGUGGAAGGCUCUCUGCCGUUAAGGCCUCAGCUAAACAACUAAGAAAUCACACAUUGUACCUUCAACUUUGAUACUCAGAUUAUUAACACUCCAUUAUAAUUAAUACUUUUAUAAAAAGUAGGUUAUAUAGUAUACAUAAAAUUACAUUAUUUCGAAUUUGUUAUCAUUUCCUUUCUAAAUAAAAAUUACAUCCACCAAAAGAUGACUUCAACCAAAACAAAAAGUGCAUUUUAUUUGCCCAUUAUGCGAUACUUAAAUUAUACAGAUUAUUAAAAUCCAAUACAAAAUUGCCAAAUAAGUUAAUGUCGUUAAAAUAUUGUGGAAAUAUGAAUUAGGUAAGCCUCGGGGGGCAUAUCUUUAUUUUUGUAUCAUGUAAACAUAUAAUAUAAACGAUCUAUUCACUCUAGUGUACUAUUCAAUGCCAUCCACUUCUCAUUCCUCUUAUGUGAUGAAAAAGGUUAAAUAUAAAAUUAGCAUUAAAUGUGUGACAAUAAUCUGUUUAAAUUUUAAUCGUUACUGCCUAUAAGUUUAAGUGCUUAGAAGUAACUACGUAAGUUAACGCAUUUAAAGUAGAAUAUUAAUGUACAAAUUAAGUUCACAUGAGUGUAAGUUUCUGCUCAUGCAUAUUGUGAUUUUCAUAAGAUACAUCGUUACUUUCUAAUUACCUAUGAUAAAAGAGGUAUGUUUGUAUUUUGUAUAAUGUUUUGUAAGAUGUUUGUGUAUACUGAAUUUACGAUAUUUAUAAAGUUAUUUCUUUAAUAAGAGAAACGUCCAUAGUUUGUAAUAUCAAAAUAUUGAGAAUUUACUUAACAUUACUUAACUUAGGUAUAGCGUUAUUUUAUAGUAAUUUUUAUAUACUUAUAAAUAUAAUUAUGAAGAAAAAUAGGAGGAGUUUG